CAGGAGGUCGUCGGUGCGCAGCCGCCAGGGAUUCAUGUUCCCUUACUGACCCGAGGAGACGCGUGGACUGUGAUGCUGUGGAUGAAGUGAGGGAAGUGUUGAUCUGAAGUUUUUACGCAUUUCUUCUGCUCUGGAGUGUGUUGGGCAGUUCGGCCACUUUGACAGCAUCCACACGGGAUAUAGGAGAGGACCCAUUCGAAAACCAUGCACUGCUCACAUCCAUGGAGAGAUGGCAUGCGUGCUCCUCCUCAGUCGACUUCUCCCCUUCUCGCACCGGCUCACGAGAACCUCCAUCUGCCUGCUCUCCCUGUUCCUGUCGUACCUGUGCUACUGCGCCCUCUUCCCCGUGGGCACCGUCAUGCACAGGACAGGUGAUGCGCCGCCGAGCUGUCAACUCGUCCCGGCUGAUGGAGCCAAAAGGCGGCUCCAGAAAUCCUCCCUCUCCUGCGUCCUGCAGUUGGAGGCGAGACCGAGCAGCGCCGAGGUGCAGCCCCGGGAGAAGAAGCCCGAGCAGCGCGCCUCCUCCUCCUCCUCCUCCUCCUCCUCCAGUCACUUCCUCGCCGUCAGGAGCGACACUCCCAGUCCUCUGAUGGGGAAUUCAAAGUUUGGGAAUAAAAAGUUGCCGAACGCCAUCAUCGUCGGUGUGAAAAAGGGAGGGACGAGAGCCGUGCUGGAGUUCAUCAGGAUCCAUCCAGAUGUGCGAGCAGCUGGCACAGAGACGCACUUCUUCGACCGGAACUAUGACAGAGGCCUGGAGUGGUACAGAGGUUUAAUGCCAAGGACUCUUGAAAGCCAAAUCACGAUGGAGAAGACGCCGAGCUACUUUGUGACUAAAGAAACACCACGCCGGAUCUCCGCCUUGUCCCAGAAAACCAAACUCAUCGUGGUGGUGCGAGACCCCGUCACUCGUGCAAUAUCCGAUUACACUCAGACGCUGUCCAAAACCCCCGACCUGCCGACUUUCCAGGAGCUGGCCUUCAGGAACCAGUGUCUGGGCAUAGUGGACACGUCCUGGAACGCCAUCCGCAUCGGCCUGUACGCUCUGCACCUCGAAAACUGGCUCCGCUACUUCCCCCUGGCUCAGAUCCACUUUGUGAGCGGGGAGCGUCUUAUCACAGACCCGGCAGGGGAGCUGGCUCGGGUUCAAGACUUCCUCGGGUUGAAGCGCAUAGUCACAGACAAACACUUCUAUUUCAACCGCACCAAGGGUUUCCCCUGCCUUAAGAAGCCGGAGAGCAGCGGCUCGCCACGCUGCCUGGGCAAGUCCAAGGGCAGGACUCAUGUGCAGAUAGACAGAGAUGCUAUCGAGCAACUGCGAGACUUCUAUAGACCUUAUAAUGUCAAGUUUUAUGAAAUGGUGGGUCAUGAUUUUAAGUGGGAGUAA